GCUGGUGCUCACCAGCCCCCUCCCCAUCGCCCCUUUAUAUAGUCCUGUGAGCAUCCACCUGAGGUGGACUGAAAUUUCUGAACUGCUCAGCCCACACCCAGCUUUUCCCGGCAGCACAGAAGCAGAUCACCAUCAUGAGUGAGGUCACCAGGAACUCUCUGGAAAAAAUCCUUCCGCAGCUCAAGUGCCAUUUCACCUGGAACUUAUUCAGGGAAGGAAGUAUCUCAACUCACAUGGAAGAAAGAGUGCGUAACCAGAUUGAAUUUCUAAACUCUGAGUACAAAGCGACAAUGUACAACUUAUUGGCCUAUGUAAAACACCUAGAUGGUGAAAACGAGGCAGCCCUGAAGUGCUUAGCACAAGCUGAAGACUUCCUGAAGCCAAAGCAGGAUGAUCAAGCAGAAAUUAGACGUCUGGUCAUCUGGGGAAACUAUGCUUGGGUCUACUAUCACAUGGGCCGGCUCUCAGAAGCUCAGGCUUAUGUUGACAAGGUGAAACAGGUUUGCAAGAAGUUUGCAAAUCCUUACAGCAUGGAAUGUCCGGAACUUGACUGUGAGGAAGGAUGGACGCGCCUAAAGUGUGGAAGGAACGAAAGAGCUAAAAUGUGUUUCGAAAAGGCUCUAGAAGAGAAGCCUAGUGAUCCAGAGUGCUCGUCUGGGCUUGCGAUUGCCAUGUACCGUCUAGAAGAAAAGCCCGAGAAGCAGUACCCUGUCGAUGCCCUGAAGCAGGCCAUGGAGCUGAAUUCUAAGAACCAGUAUGUCAAAGUUCUCUUGGCCCUGAAACUGCAGAAGAUAAGAGAAGCAGCUGAGGGGGAGCGAUUGAUUAAAGAUGCCCUGAGAGAAGCUCCUAAUCAAACAGAUGUCUUGCAAAAAGCAGCCCAGUUUUACAAGAAAAAGGGUAACCAAGACAGAGCUAACGAACUCCUUGUAAGAGCACUGGGAUCCACAGCACACAACAGUUCCCUCUACUGCUUAGUCAUGUGCAGUUACAGGGAAAAACUGGAACAAUUGCAGAACACAGGAGAUGCUGAAAGCAGUGACAGCAGAGAGAAGAUGGAAGAACUGAGAAGAUUAACGAUGGAGUACAUGCACCGGGCUCUUGAGAGGAGGCGAAGUCCUUUGAACUCCUACUCAGAUCUCAUCGAUUCCCCGGAAGUAGAACGAUGCUAUCAGUUGGUCUUCAGCAAGGAGAGCCCUCGUGCUGAGGAACAACAGCUCUACCAGCGUUAUUGUGACCUCCAGGAGUAUCACCGGAAGUCUGAAGACCUGGCUGCCCUGAAGGUUUUACUGCAGUUUCACAGAAACAAACAAUCCAUUGAGAAGGAAGAGCUAACACAGCAAGCAUAGGCUGCAGACGAAAACCUGUAGCAGUAAAAUGUGCCAGAUUCUUGGCAACUCCGGGGAAUAAAUCAAAAGCUGGGUGGGGGGACACUCUUUAGGGCCACAGGCAGCCUUUUCUAGACAGCAUCUGAGCCUGAGGACAACAGGAAGUGUGCCAGUGUGCAGGCGCUCAGCUCUGCACUGUGAGAGAAGUGUGCCUUGGAGUGGUACCAACCAGGUGGGAGGUGCAGGAGCCCUCCACACCUGGUCGUGUUGCUGAGCAGGCUGCUCUCGCUGAAUUGCGUUAACAAACACUUUUAAAGAGCUGCUUUCUCUUCCCGAUUCCCCCGUCCAUUUCAGCUAUAUAAUUUCCCAGUCAGCAGGUCUUAUCACUAAUCACCCAGGGAAACUGGACUCCAGGCUCACACACCACUUUUCGAUCACUAUUAAUAUAUGCAAAUUUAGUCUUAUUUCUUCAUUCCAGUUGAAUGCAGCAAUCUAAGCCUGAAGGAUUAGCUUUUGCCUAACCUUAUUCUUUUAUUCCACCACGUGUUUGUGUGUAUUCCUGACAAAGAUUCUAUGGUGAACAUGUAUGACAAACUGAAAUGCAUUUAUAAUAAAUCUAAAAGUUUCAA